AUGAUUCUUGCUGUUGCAAACCUCCCCGACGCGUUAGGUCUCACCGCUACCUCCAGGACACUUCAGCGUCCCAUGGUACCACCGGCCCGAGACCUCCUGACGUGAGCGGCUUGACUUCAGCUACGCACAGUGAACUCGAUGCAUGCCUGCGAACGCAAACUCAAUGAGGCGAGAUGUGGGGCAAAAGGCAAGCACAUGUGCAGGGGACUAACCAUCGAUGUGACACCACGCGUGCGAUCUUAAGUUAUAUCCGUCUCGGGCGCCAAGGGCUAGACCGGUCGCGUGGUUGCGGGCUAGACUCACUAUAUGAUAAAUCUUUUUAGCAGUCCUGGCAGACACUGCCCGCGCAGAAAUUUUUUCGUGCGACUGACUGGAUGAAAUUUACGCAUCCUCUCGUGUGAAUUGGGGGACUGGCAAGAUUGUGUCUUAAUUAAGACAUUGCUACAGUUGUUAAAUCCUUUAACUGCGUAUGUAGGCAGAGUUCUCCCUACAUACGCAUGUUUGAUGGAGACACGAUAAAAGCGAACGGGAAUGGCCACAACUAUAAUGCACUGGCUGCAAACUGCAACUGUCGGCAUUGCAGACUAUCCUUGGGAGUUCUCGUGUGGAGUUUGCGCGCAAUCUAUUCUAUUCAAGCUUGUGGUAGCGUAGUUUGCUGAUGACCUCAUAAUAUUAGUUCAAACAAAUAGCGCGUAGGCUCUGCAGGCCAACUUGUGUGUAACUGUUAAGGAACCCUGUUAUUAGAGGUUAAAAUAAGUAGUAGUUAAAUUUCGAAUUUCCGCAUUCGGAUCACGUUAAAAGGUUGCAGAAGUUAUUCACAGGCGUCGAAUAAUGAGUUUCUCCACGUGAAGUUGCAAUGGAAAAUUGAUCAGCCUCUGCGUGGCAUGCGCACAUGUUUUUCAAAGGCCUUUUCUCAAAUGGUGUUAGUUACGUACCUUACAAACUUUUAGUGCCCGAAGAGCAUUUUUUUAAAAUUUUAGUGAUUGGUUUGUUACAUUAGUAUAACGGGAUACCAUACUAGCAGCACAGGUACUCGUCAAAAGCACAUACACGCGUGUUUCGCCGAUAAUCUGCCGCUUCAUAACAUUACUGCUAGGGUAUUUCAACACGUCCCGUCUGAGAGUCGAAUAUUAAUAGUGAUUUAUGUAGUUUGAAAUGUGCAUUGCCUGGACGUCAGUUUUCCAAAAAAACUGUCGCCGGAAUAGUAAAUACAUAGGUUCAUACUCAGUAUUUUUCUUAAACUUUUGAGAAGGUCUAACAACAUGGGCCUCAAUUAACUCGCUGCUUGACUGACGGAUUGCCGGUCCAAUGUGAACUGGUCUAUAUUUUGAUCGCCGGUUAUUGGUAUCCGGGCUUCGGAACACAGUCAACUGGUGGGUCUUUACACGAGUCUACAUAUGAAAUUGACUGAAGAUUGGAAGCUUGUAGUAUGUUAUUGGUAGCUGUUUCGCACUUUCUGGUGUUUACAGACGAGAAAGCCAACCCAUUGCAGCAGAUAUACUGUUGUACUCUUAAUUAAAGAAGUGCUUUGCCAUAAUCUGAUUCUUAUUGUUGAAGACUUAUAUGCACUUGCAGUAGAGUGGGUUAAUCACGCAGUUUAGUUUGUGACCAGUUUUUCUGAACCGAAUCUAAUGAACCUGGCACUUGGCCUCCUUUUGGCACAUAAUAUGGAAAGAUGAAUGAUAUUUGAAGUGAAACAGAGUGCUAACUGAAUUCGAUUCUCGAGAAUUUAAGAAAGGUUUUCCAGUGCACAUUCUGUGGAAAGAACUUAUGAGAUGAAUCGCUUUUUUCAGUGUCAGUAGUAAACGCAUGGACAGGGGAUUAUAUGCAAGGCAUUUUUUUAAGCACGAUGAGGGGUAAACUGAUGAUAGUCAGUUGGGACACAUUGCCUACACGGAUCCAUAUGAAGACCGGAGAACGUAGAAACGAUUUCUGCGUUGUCAUGCAAUAAAAAAUACCAGAAUGACCAGUCGUCCCUCCUGUUAAUAGGAAACGCUAACAAACAGCUAGAGAAAAAAAUAGAAGAUAGGAGAAAUUCACUGAAAACGGUUUGCAACGACAAGUCAAGGCGAUUAAUCGUCGACUAAAUGCAAUCAAAAUACUGAAAAAACCGUCAAGACAUGAUCUCGAAUUAUUCAGUAGGUUGGAUAGAAAUUAAAGACGUCUAUCUAUUACAUCAUCGCUCAAGUGAAAGUGGAUGUUAAAUCACAGUGUCUACUAAUGAACUUGUCGCAUAACCCACUGAUGAUGGCGGAGAAGUCGAACCUUUUUCCUAGCCGUUUGCCUCUUCAUUUAUUUUGGAUAACAAAGAUCCAUGCGCGCAUUUUCAACAGUUCUGUUACAAACUCCACCCCAGUGCCUAAAUCAAUAUUUAAGGAAACGACAAUGGAUUUCCCAGUUGACUCAGUUCGAUUUAAUUCUGCUUAGACUAGUGAGGGGAAUAGGCUCGAGGAUUUUAGUACCCAAUUAACGAAGUAAAAUUGGUGCGGUGUGCAGAGAAACAGUGUGAGCUGAAAUAAUCUAAGAGGACCCAAAGUAAUAUGACAAAUUGCGCAUGAGUUUCAAGGCCUGAGCGCGAUAAUUUAUAGCUCUUGCUUAUUAAAUAACAUAAAGGUUUCAAAGUUCAUUUUACGGCUUUCUCUCGAUGGUGGCAUCCCUGCCAGCACCAGCCGCACUUGGCCGCACUUGGCCGAGGCAAAUAUAGUGUGGCCAAGUUCGGCUAUGCUGCGGCCAGGUGUGGCCAAAUGGUGUGGCUGUGGUCUGGCCAUCAACACAUUGGCCACACUUGGCCGCACCUUGGAAAAAAUUUUGCGCGCGGGCUUUUUCUCGUUUUUUUUUCCAUUCAUCGCGGCCUCGAUUUUUUGGCCGUAAACGCCAACCAUGACCAACGGUCGCCUAACGUAAAACCCUGAAACGAGUCACAGCGAACCUCAACGUCCCAAACGAGAUAGGCUACGGCGCAAAGUGGCCCACUACAGGGCAAAUGCGGAUACCGAAGAUGGUAAAGUCGGGAGGCGGUAUUGUGGAAGGACGAUUUAUUGAAUACGUAAGUCAAAAAAUGUAAACGUACAAAGUCUGUCCGGGAUCAAGGGGGUUUCAGCGAUCUUCGUAUCCAGGAUGAGACGUCACAUCCACUGGCCAUUGGUAGUUACUGCAUAAAAAAAAACUUUCGUAAGACAUACGCAAUGCAGGCGCAACGGAAGUAAUUAUACACUGUAUCUAAAACGUAAGAUUUUACAGUAGAUGUUCUAACUUAUGAAAUGUCAACCAAAAUUUCAUAAUGCGUUCUCGUUUCGAGAAGAUAAAUUAAGUAGUGUUGUAAAACUAAUCAUGAUGCAGCAUCAGUCUAUAAUGAUUCAAAUGCCUCAGGGUGUCGGAUUUCGAAAGAACUUAUUUUCGGCUGCAUGCAAGGUCUAUACUCUGCAAAAAAUGACUACUUAUGUAGUAUGCAAUUUUCUCAUUGAUUUUCGAUGCCCUUGAAAAUUCCAUUACAUUUCGUGGAAAACAUGCAUAAAAAUAUUCAUUCUUUUACUUAUUCGGUAGAAAAUCACGUCUUCUUCCAAUUUCAUACUCAAAAGAAGAGUACCAUUCGGUUUUAAAAAAACUUUUCUAAUUCCCGAAUAUGUUUGAACCCGACCUGCUGUUACACUUGCAUUCAGCGUUUCAAAACUACAAGCUGUAUAUUUUCUGUGUACGGAAAACCAUGCAUAUCUCUACGGUGUUAAGAGGAGACCAUAUGAGGUUCAUAAAAUUAAGCAGUGGAUUUGAGCAAUAUUGCCAAUAGAACACCACAGACCGAAAUUCUGGGCCCGGUAUGUGGAUGAUACCUUCGUCGUCAUCGAACGGAAUCAGGUGUUGACGUUCCAAGAACAUCUCAACGCCGUCUUCCCGGACAUUCAAUUUACGAUGGAGGCGGAAGAGAACAACCAGCUGGCCUUCCUGGGUGCCCUUGUAUACCGCAAGGAUUGUGGUGGACUAAAGACCAAAGUAUUCAUGAAAGCGACAAAUACGAUGCAAGUUCUGAACUUCAACAGUAACCACCCAAUCAGCCACAAACGCAGUUGUGUAAGGACGCUCUUUCGGCGUGUCGAAACGCACUGCAGUGAGCCGGAAGACAAAAUUGCUGAACUACAAUACCUCCGACGGGUCUUCAAAGCCAAUGGCUACCCGCGCAACUUCGUCGACCGGUGCAUACGCAAAAGGGACGAAAGGCCUAACCGCACGGACACAAAGUCUUGGCGGGCACUUCCGUAUGUCAAGAACGUUUCGGAAGCUGUUGGCCGCCUUCUCGCCCCACUUGGCGUUGGAGUGGCACACAGACCGGAGGCAACCAUCAGGCGUCUGAUCAUGAAACCGAAAGACCCAUUGCCACGGCUAGAAACGUCUGGAGUCGUUUAUCGGAUCUGGUGCAGUUGCGGACAAAGCAACUACGUCGGAGAAAUCGGAAGACAGCUCCGAACGAGAAUGGCCGAACACGCGGCAGCGGUGCGCAGAAAUGACGCCAGCUCUCAAGUUGCGGCUCAUUCGACGAGAUCCGGCCACACAUUUAAAUUCGAUGAGGCCGAAAUUCUCGCAAGAGGUGACAACCGAGUGAGCCGGGAGCUACUAGAAUCAUGGUUUACUGGCCCCCAGUCCAUCAACAAGUGCAACGAUCUUCCCAUUCAAUACAGCGUGCUGAGACUUCGUCUAGGCGGAGUAAUUGGCCACGCGGGGAGCGCACUGGUGAACACUCUUCCAACACCCGGGUCAACGCGUCAGAUGGUCGAGCAAUCAUCACGCCAACAUCCAACGCACGUGAUGAAAUUGCAGCAAUUAUCGACUCGAAUGUCGGCCAUCAAGCAAUGAUCACACCAAGUGUGACAAUCCCGGAUGAAGGGGGAAGCCGUGAACGUUCAUAGGUAUGCGGUAGCAUGUCUGCCGCAUCCUAUAAAUACCGCAGCCCCUUGUGCAACAACCACCCGUUUCUGCUCUUUUGUCUCUGAUGAUUGAUUCGAGUAGGAAUCCGAAACGUCAGGCUAAUAAAGCUCUUGUCCCGGCGAUCGUGUCUCCUUCUUAAGCAAUAUUGUUAACUUUACAAGCCACAUUCGUAAAUGUAGAUGCAUGACGUUUAAUGAACGGCCAUUUUACGGGAUUAAAAAAUCUCACAAUUAUAAACUUUUUUAAAACCGAAUUAUACACUUCUUUUGAGUAUGAAAUUUGAAGAAGACGUGACUUUCUACCGAAUAAGUAAAAGAAUGAAUAUUUUUACGCAUGUUUUCCCUGAAAUAUAAUUGAAUUUUCAAAGGCAUCGGAAUUCAAUGAGAAAAUUGCGUACUAAUUAUGUAGUCAUUUUUUGCAGAGUGAAGACCUUGCAUGCAGCCGAAAAUAAGUUCUUUCAAUAUCCGACAGCCUGAGGUAACUGGAUCAGUAUAGAUUUAUGCUGCACCAUGAUUAGUUUUACAACACUACUUAAUUUAUCUUUUCGAAACGAGAACGCAUUUCGAAAUUUUGGUUGACAUUUCAUGAGUUAGCACAUCUACUAGAGGUGACAACCUCGAACAAACAAUUUGAGCGGCUGUUGGGGACCCGACCGUAUUCGAAAUUCCCAAAAAACCUCAUGCAACAUGUCCGAUCACAGUACUACAACCCAUGCUACGGCGUCCGCGGGAACCGACGCGCUCCGCAACCCUAGUCCUGUGGUGCGGGCGAAUAGCAUGCGAGCUAGACUACUCAAUCGUGGACGGACUCUCGGUAUUGGAUGCUGGAAUGUACGAACGUUCCUUGACCCUGGUACCUAAAGUCUGACCGCACGCAGCCUUCAUCAGUACAACGUUGAUGUCUGCUGUCUGUCUGAGGUACGACUUCCUGACUCGGGCUCUCAUGAAAUAAAGAUCCCGGGAGUCGAAUCCCACUUCGCCCUGUACCACAGCGGCCCCCGCGAUUCCUCUGGUCGACACGGUGUGGCGAUCGCCCUAUCGCAACAAGCGGAGCUUGCGCUGCUUGCUUGGAAACUAGUAAAUGACCGGAUGGCCUACGUGCGACUGAAGGGUCACUUCACGAGCAUCUCCAUCGUCGCUGUGUACGCACCAACUUCGGCUGCCGAACAGCGCGAUAAAGAGGCGUUUUACUCUCAGUUGCAAGCGCUAGUUGAAAGACUGCCUCGCCGCCAUCUGCUGAUUGUUGCUGGCGAUUGGAAUGGUCGAACGGGACCUGGCGACCCCACAACCAGUCAUCUUCUUGGCCGCUUUGGGCUUGGUUCCCGAUGUGAAUAUGGUGAGAGAUUGUUGAACUUCGCUGAUCGAAACCGACUGCUUGUUACCAACACGUUUCCAGCAUCGCAAAAAACAUCUGCUGACCUGGUAUUCAAACGACGGUCGCACGGCCAGUCAGAUUGACUACAUACUAGUCAGCUCAAGUUUCCGCAGCUGCGUUCACGAUAGCAGAUCGAUGCGUGGUGCUGAGGCUGCUAACGUCCAUGGGUCGGACCAUGUCCUCGUCCGUACACGCUUGAAAGUUCAUCUCUCAUCCGCACCAAAAAUGCCACGUCCUAGACGCCUCAAUGUCGCAAAUAUCCGGCCAACCAGCACUGCCGAGGCCCUAAGCAGAGUAAUCCGGACCUGUUUUACGGCACGAGCCGACGGAGAAUUCAGUAACCAGUGGUCGUCACUGAAGACAUCAGUCUAUGGGGCAGCUGAGAAAAUCCUUGGAUCGUGGAUCGCGCAGGCCCGUGGUGAGAAGGCCCUUCAGUUCACUAACACAAUCGCCCAGAAAGUCUUCCAACGGUUCCGGCUUACCAAAACCGCAGAACACUCCAACGACAAAGCCCUGCCCAACAACGGGGUGGUUAACUCGAGCAAGGAUCGGCCAAAAGCACUGAGCAGACGCUUUAAAGACUUUCAUUCCGUCAAUGUGCAGUUGAACGUGCAUUUCAGGAAUGCCCGUUAGUGAGCAAAGGCGCAAUUCGUCAAGGAGGCCACGUUAGAGACCCAGGUGAACGUAUUGUCCUCUCUUCAGGGAUUUGCUAACGCAAGUUCGAGGAGUCUGUAGUAGCGUCCUUGGGUCAAUGGGUAGCUCCGGAUGAUAGUGCCGCAGCACCUAAACCAAAUCCUUUGCUGUGGUCAACGACAAUUUUGCCCUCAAACAAAAUUCGCGCAAAUCCGUCGUCAAGCAUCUGCCUUCCACUGUGUCCACGGUCCCAGCCAUUACAGGCAGUUCUAUGUAUUCCAGUAAUUAAGGCACAUACAACUCCUACCCGUUGAAACUUCCGGCAUUAGUUCUGGCAUUUGCAAUUCCGGUGACUCAUUUGCAACCAAAGACGUUGAUGCGAUGGGUUGCUCCUCCAUAGCAGCAUAAUAUUCUCGCCUCUGGCGCAAGAGCCGCUUUUACAUAGUGCUUCGGUGAAAGCCGUAAUACUUACGCUGCAUAGCAACGAAUAACUACUCAACGACAACAAAUAUUUGUACUUUCAGCAUUGUUCGCAAAAUCAUAAGUGAAAUUAUACUAAUACAUAUGUUACUACACCUUAAUAAGCAUAACGAAUACCCUAAAUGGCAUAACUUGGAAAAUAAAGAAGUAUAAGACACAAAAUAGACGCCGAAUUUCUUGUUAAUAUGUCAUAAACAAUCCCAGGACGAGAGAACCGCAACGCUUACCCCAGACACAGAAAAAGAUCAAUGGCGUCACAUUGGCCCAAUUAAACAAAGCACCUUAAUCAGCUUAUUUCGAGACAUAACCACUGCUCACAAUAUGAAGAUUCCUAGUACUUUAUGAGUGAUAAAGGAUAUAUCUUGACUAAUUUAGCACUUUGCAAUGCAGAAGUGGUCACCUGCAAGAUUAGGAGGUCCUCCAAAAUUUCUUCAAAUUUGGCGUGGCCAUGUCCGCGUUUGGCCACACCUGGCUACACCUACAAGGUGUGGUCAGGUCUCCCAAAGGUGCACAAGGAGGCCGCUCCUCUCCGGCCCAUUGUUUCGCUCAAAGACACUCCAACGUACGGACUGGCAAGAUGGCUGUAUCGGCGCCUCAAAUUUCUGACCACUGAUUCGGACACCACGGUCUGUUCGUCAACGCAAUUCCUGGAGAAGCUUAAAGGAAUAAGUCUCUUGCCCAAUGAUGUCAUGGUAUAUUUUGAUGUCACGUCCCUUUUUACUUCUAUCCCCCAAGGAUCUGGCAAUCGAGACCGUCCAACUACUCCUACGAAACAAAUACGAUGAAACGGAGAAUCGUCUCGGACAUGCCCAAGUCCUUCAGCUCCUAAAGUUCUGUCUCAGGACGUACUUCACGUUUGACGGAACAAUCUACGAGCAAGUGAAGGGAACACUAAUGGGCUCACCGAUUUCCGGAUUCAUCGCCGAGGCGGUGCUACAGCAGUUGGAGUCGCUAGUCUUCCAACACCACAGACCGAAAUUCUGGGCUCGGUAUGUGGACGAUACCUUCGUCGUCAUCGAACGGGAUCAGGUGCUAACGUUCAAAGAACGUCUGAACAGCGUCUUCCCGGACAUACAAUUCACGAUGGAGGAGAAAGAGAAUAACCAGCCGGCAUUCCUUUAUGUCCUCGUCUGUCGCAAAGAUUGCGGUGGCCUAAAGACCAAAGUGUUCAGAAAAAUAACGAACACGACGCAAAUUCUGAACUUCAACAGUAACCACCCAAUCUGCCACAAACGCAGUUGCGUUAGAACGCUAUUUCGGCGUGUUGAGACGCACUGCAGUGAACCAGAAGACAAGGUUGCCGAAUCCCAAUAUCUUCGACGGGUUUUCCGAGUAAACGGUUACCCGCGCAACUUCGUCAACCAGUGCCUGCGCAAACGAGACGAGCGACAAAAUCGCGCCGACCCCAAAGUCUGGCGAGCGAUCCCAUACAUCAAGAACGUCUCCGAGGUCGUUAGCCGCCUUCUUGUACCACUUGGGGUUGUAGUUGCGCACAGACUGGAGGUCACCAUGAGGCGUCAAGUGAUGAAACCGAAAGACCCAUUGCCACGGCAAGAAACAUCUGGAGUCGUUUACCGGAUCUGGUGCAGUUGCGGACAAAGCAACUUCGUCGGAGAAACUGGAAGACUGCUCCGGACGCGAAUCGCCGAACACGUGGCAGCUGUACGGAGAAAUGACGCCAACUCUCAGGUCGCGGCCCAUUCGACGAGACCCGGCCACACAUUCAAGUUCGAUGAGGCCGAAAUUCUCGCGAGAGGUGACAACCGAGUGAGCCGGGAGCUACUAGAAUCAUGGUUCACGGGACCUCAGUCUAUUAACAAGUGCAACGACAUCCCCACUCCAUAUUCUGUCCUGAGGCAUAGACUGGCCAAAGCCAUUGACCACUCGAGCAGCGCGCAAGCACGUGAGCCAGAUGGCCGAGCAAUCAUCACGCCAGCAUCCAACACGGGUGAUGAGUUUUCAGGAAUUAACAACUUGCAUGCCGGCCAUCAAGCAAUUAGCGCACCAGCGGGCAACAAUCCUUGA